GCGAAGCUUACCGGUUAAGACAGCCAAGAGAUAAGCGACCUUCUAUUUUAGCGAGAGCAACUUUGUCAAGACGACUGAUACGUGAAGAAGCUGGAAGGGACACCAUCCGUUUACAAAAUAGCAGAGAUCAACAUUUUCCGUUAUGGAUAUACCAGCCUUUGUCGGCUAUACAAACGAUAACAGUACGAGCCUUUUCAGUGCUUGUGUGAGUACAGCACCGGUUGGAACUUUACCACUUUCUUGUGGAGAUAACACAAGAUGUGUCACAAACCCGCUGUUUUCGGUAAUAACCCGCUCCACACAGGCCUGUCUUUGCCCUCUGACGUCAUACCCAUCGCCUAAUGGAACGUGCCAGACCAUAACAGGAACACCUUGCCAGGUUGCGGAAGACUGCGAAGUCAAGUCCAUUGACUGCAUUGGGGUGACCGGUUGGGGACUGGACGCGGCUUUGACCCAAUUCGUGGCGUCAUUCGUGUUGGCACUAUGUCGGAUAACGGUUGAAUAUAACUACCAAAUCCCUGUGUGGACGUGUACGCCUUCUAACCAGUGUGAUUUUAUUGGGCUUGCAACGCCGUCGACUUUUACUACGGUAGGAAGACGAAAACGGGAAGUCAACGAACCACCGGAGGCAGUUGAAGAAGAUCACGGUGCCCGAAUAACGGAGUCUCUAUCGAGGAUAACGAGAAGUGAAACCGAAAGUGAUGUUAAACAGGAGGUCUUAUCCGUCGGUGAGGUCAAAAAGAGGCCAAAACGUGGCCCUACGACCUUUGCCUGCACACCCAGUGUCCUAUUAUGGGCCAAUAUAUUGACCAUUUUCGGCUUCGGGGGCCAAUCAAGCGUGUUUGAGUUUACCUGCGAGGUGCCUCCUUAAAGUAAAAACUCAGAAAUGUCCCAUUUCAAGAAAGUAAGAGCGGUAAGAUUCGUUCAUUAGAAAAAAGAAAUUAAACAAAUCAGAAUAUUUUUCGGCAAUUAUGUUAUGGUAACAAGAUAAACAAACAAAAUAUAAUUCUAAAGGAAGUGAAAUCUAUCAAAAUGUGUUAAACAGUAGAAUAUCUAAAAGAUGCAAAUAUGAUGCCUUUACUCGAAACCUAUAACAUAAGAAAUUAAGGGACAUGGGGAAUAACAUUCUUGAAAACAUCACUCUUGAAGAAGUAAUUUUUAAUUAAAGGUCUGCUAGGCAAUUGAAAGAUAGGAAAAGACCACGCCCGCAUGAUAUACUUUAGAAUUUUUAAUUUUCUUGGCCGGAUUUUGGGAUAUUAUUCUUCAGAUCAGUCAAAAAAUAUUGCUGCAACGGGACAAAC